CGCAUGGAAAGGGGAUGGGUUAAGAGCUCCCUGUGCCCCCUGUGAAUGUCUGUCACUAUGGCUAAGCGUGAGACCGGCAGCACCAGCCCUGUGGUCAGGCAGAUAGACAAGCAGUUCCUGGUCUGCAGCAUCUGUCUUGACCAUUAUCAUAAUCCCAAGGUGCUGCCCUGCCUGCACACCUUCUGUGAGAAAUGCCUACAGAAUUAUAUCCCUCCUCAGUCUCUGACACUGUCCUGCCCAGUAUGCAGACAGACUUCUAUCUUGCCAGAGAAGGGUGUGGCUGCCCUGCAGAACAACUUCUUCAUCACAAACCUAAUGGAAGUUUUACAGCGGGACCCAGAGUGCAGCCGACCUGAGGCCGGCAAUGUUCUUGAGUCAGCCAGUGCUGCCACAGCUUGCCAGCCCCUCUCAUGCCCCAACCAUGAGGGAAAGGUGAUGGAGUUCUACUGUGAGUCAUGUGAAACAGCCAUGUGUCUGGAGUGUACAGAGGGAGAACAUAGGGAGCAUGUGACAGUUCCUCUGAGGGAUGUGCUGGAACAGCAUAAGACAGCCCUGAAAAAUCAGCUGGAUGCUGUGCGCAACAGACUACCUCAGCUGACAGCUGCCAUUGAGCUUGUGAAUGAGAUCUCCAAGCAGCUUACAGAGAGGAAAAAUGGGGCAGUAACUGAGAUCAGUAACACUUUUGAUGAGCUGGAGAAGGCCUUACAUCAACGCAAGAAUGCUCUUAUUACUGAGGUGGAAAACAUCUGCAGCACCAAGCAGAAGGUGCUGCAAGCCCAGCUGACCUCUCUGCUUCAAGGUAAAGAGAACAUUCAAAGCAGCUGCAACUUCACAGAGCAGGCCUUGAACCAUGGCAGUGCCACUGAGGUCCUGUUGGUCCAGAAACAGAUGGGUGAGCGGGUCAGUGCCCUGGCCCGUCACAACUUUCCUGAGUAUCCCCAUGAGAAUGGACAUCUGGAAUGCCAGGUAGAAACGGAUGGCCUACGACGCUCUAUCCAAAACCUGGGAGUCCUAAUCACAACAGGAGCUGUGGGCCACACAAGCGUAGCCACUGGUGAAGGCCUCAGACAUACACUGGUCGGCCAGCACACCACUGUCACAGUCACUACUAAAGAUAAGGAAGGAGAACUGGUGAAGACUGGUAAUGCUGCUCUGAGGGCAGAGAUUAUCUCUGCAGAUGGAGCGUGCACUGAGGCUGAGGUGGUGGACAACAAGAACGGCACCUAUGAGGUUGGAUAUACCAUUCGCUCAGAGGGAGAAUUCACCUUCUCUUUGCUGCUAUAUGAACAGCCUGUGAGGGGGAGUCCGUUCCGCUUGCGUGCUGUCAAACCCUCAGAUGUCCUGCAGUCACCAGACGAUGUGAAGAGAAGAGUGAAGUCCCCGAGUGGAGGAGGAGGUCAUGUUCGACAGAAGGCUGUGCGGAGGCCCUCCAGUAUGUACAGCACCACCAAGAAAAAGGAGAACCCAAUUGAAGAUGAGCUGAUCUACAGAGUGGGAACAAGAGGGCGAGAUAAAGGAGAAUUCACAAACCUACAAGGCAUUUCAACCUCCAGUAAUGGCCGCAUUGUGGUGGCAGACAGUAACAACCAGUGUAUACAGGUGUUUUCAAAUGAUGGCCAGUUCAAGAUGAGGUUUGGGGUUAGAGGUCGUUCACCAGGCCAGCUGCAGCGCCCCACAGGGGUCACAGUGGACAUGAACGGUGACAUCAUUGUGGCAGACUAUGACAAUAGAUGGAUUAGCAUCUUCUCCUCGGAUGGAAAGUUCAAGAGCAAAAUCGGUGCUGGACGACUGAUGGGACCCAAAGGUGUUGCUGUGGAUAAGAAUGGACAUAUCAUCACUGUUGAUAACAAGGCCUGUUGUGUCUUCAUCUUCCAAUCUAAUGGGAAGCUGGUGACCAAGUUUGGGGCCAGAGGAACAUCAGACAGACACUUUGCAGAAAAAAGUGGUGCAAACAUUGCACUGGAACAAAAGCUUAGUAAAUCUGGCCCUGUUUUCAGUCCUCACUUUGUGGCUGUAAAUAACAAAAAUGAAAUUGUGGUAACAGACUUCCAUAAUCAUUCAGUCAAGGUGUACAAUGCAGAUGGGGAGUUCCUGUUUAAAUUUGGCUCCCAUGGGGAGGGGAAUGGACAGUUCAAUGCUCCAACAGGCGUGGCUGUGGAUGCCAAUGGAAAUAUCAUUGUUGCUGAUUGGGGUAACAGUCGGAUCCAGGUGUUCGACAGCUCAGGGUCCUUCCUGUCCUACAUCAAUACAUCAGCGGACCCCCUUUAUGGCCCCCAGGGCCUGGCCCUCACAUCUGACGGUCAUGUGGCAGUGGCAGACUCUGGUAACCACUGUUUCAAGGUCUACCGUUACCUGCAGUAAAGCUGCAACGCCAUCUUUACCACUGCAAGCACUGACAACGACACAACCAAUGUAUUCCACAGGGUGCAAUGACAUUUCCAAUACAGCCUUUUGAUGUGCACAUCAGCUGAUUUCCCAGAUAUAAUUAAACUGUCUGAACCUGAAUUUACCCUUCCUAUGAUGUGUAUUGAAGGAUGUUUUUAAAGUUGAGUGAUGUAGCGUCCUUGGGACAAGUAAUGGACUUAAAACUACGGACAGAACGUGCAAAAGCAUUUUUGUGUGUUGUACGCUAUUGAUGGUAUUAUUAAACUACAUCUGUGAGACUGGACAGGGUAGUAGGUAGAUUGAAGUAUUUAAUGAGCCAUAACUUGUCCGACUGCAUGAAGUUUUAUUUUAUCUUAAUGCCUAGGCAACAACACAGUGUACCCAUUGGUUGCUUUUCUCAUUAACUAGUUAAUGCUUACAGUGAAAUGAACAGCGCUACACUUCUCCAGCAAUUAAAUGUAAAAUUUCUUAUUAACUGACAUCUUACAUAAAAAUGUCAACACCAUCUGUGCAUUGAUUUGCUGUAUGUACUGUAUAUACAUAAAUGUAUAUUGUGUAUAUUAGAUCACUCUGUACGUAUGUGCUAUGAUUUUGAAACACUCAGCCUUUCGGCUAUUCAGAGAGCAGCAGUCAAAGAUUCCAGGAUUUCAAACGUGUAUGGCAGCUGUUAAAAAGUGUGCUUUUGAAACUUACCCAGCACACGCUUAAAAGAAGAAAAGUGUCAUAUUUAUUGCUAAUGUAAGCAGCACAUACUCAUUUUUGUUUAUAUAUGUGGUUUUAAAGGGAAAAAACUAUUGAAAAAAAAAAAGCUAAUUUAUUUUAUUUUAUACACUAGCUCAGCAUUUACAAAUUAUUUUUCUAAAUUGAUGUGCUUUUU